GGGAAAGCUCCCAGGCUCCCCACAUGUCAGAUGCUCUCCGACGUCAACAGUCAACCAGCAUGGUUCUAGCUCCUGACCCUGACCAGCUUCAGCUCGAUCAGGCCAGAUACUCCCAACUUUAGUCCUUCGUUUCUUGUUCUACUAGGUUCCUUGCAGUGGCCGUAGUGCAGAGCUUGGCAGUAUCUUCUUCUGUGGCCUCGUCGCCGUUCUUCUUCAGAAUGCGUACCUUGAUCGCCGUGCCCCUCAUUGUCCUUACGAACGUCGUUAUCAUCCCGUUGAUCUGGCGCACAGUAGGAUGGGUGCUAGGAUGCUACCUUCGUAAUAAAACAGAGGGCCGGAGAGCCCAUAUAGUCGAAGUGAUGGAAGCAGAUCAGAAGGCAUAUCUUCAGAAGAGCAAUGACGGGAAAACGGGCGACGAUGAGGAGUGGGAGAACAUCGACAGUUCUGCCGUUGCGAGCUCUAGGAACGGCGAGAGGGGGCAGAGAGAAUGGGACGGCAUCGUCGGCUUCUUCCACCCUUUCUGCAAUGCCGGAGGUGGCGGGGAAAGGGUCCUCUGGGCUGCCAUCCGAGCGACACAGAACCGGUGGCCGAAUGCGAAAUGUGUUGUGUAUACUGGGGAUCAUGAUGUCAACAAGCAAGCAAUCCUAGCCAGAGUAGAGGACCGGUUCAACAUUCGCCUCCACGCGCCGACAGUCACCUUCCUCUAUCUCUCGACAAGGCAUUGGGUCCUCGCCUCAACCUGGCCACACUUCACCCUUGCCGGACAAUCCUUUGGUUCGAUGGUGCUUGCCUGGGAUGCCUUCUCCCUACUCGUCCCUGAUGUGUUUGUCGACACUAUGGGGUAUGCAUUUGCUCUUGGCCUUUCGAAAUUCCUAUUCCGCGGCGUUCCAACUGGCGCUUAUGUCCAUUACCCAACCAUCUCCACCGAUAUGCUCGACUCGCUAGACCCACGUUCGCUCGUGGGAAAUCAAGGAGUGAACGCCGGUAGAGGGGUCGGGUUUAAGGGGACGGCAAAAAAGUUCUACUGGCAGCUAUUUGCCCAGUUUUAUUCUCGUGUGGGGUCCUCGGUCGACGUCGUCAUGACGAAUUCCACCUGGACCCAGGCACAUAUUCAGGAGCUCUGGGGACCCAAACGGGAAGAGAAGCGCAUGGGGAACCCAAUUGCCGUUGUCUACCCCCCCGUUGCCGUCCGCGAGUUGGAGCAUGAGGUCGAGGUUUCCACUGCCAGUGAAAAGAAGCGCGAAAAUGUCAUCCUCUACAUUGCGCAAUUCCGCCCGGAAAAGAACCACCAACUCAUUAUCCAGUCGUUUGCGGAGUUCUUGAAGAAGGGUAGCAGUGCGGCCAAGUCGGCUCGGCUGGUGCUGGUCGGAAGCGUCCGCGACGACCAUGACUCGAAGCGGGUGUACGAGCUCCGGCUACUGGUCAACGAGUUGCAUAUCAAGGAUCGGGUGGACUUCCACCUGGAUGCCUCGUGGCCCCAGAUUCUGCAGUGGCUACGCCGGGCAUCUGUCGGCGUCAAUGGCAUGUGGAACGAGCACUUCGGCAUCGGCGUUGUAGAGUACCAAGCCGCUGGCCUGAUAUCGGUUGUUCACAACAGUGGAGGACCCAAGCUGGACAUCGUGGCGGAUGUGGAUGGAGAACCAACGGGUUACCUUGCCUCGACGUCAAGCGAGUUCGCCAAGGGCUUCGAGCAAGCUUUGUCUCUCCCCAACCCCUUAGCGGUCAGACAACGGGCACGACUAUCAGCGAAGAGGUUCACGGAGGAGGAGUUCGCCAAGAAGUGGACGGCGCAAAUGGCGAAGUUGAUCGCAAUGAAGUCAUGAUUUCCUAGUACCUCUGUAGACAACACGGAUACCCAUCAUUUGGGGGGCGAGGUUUUGGGGGAGUAGGCGAGGCUUCCUUUUUUACAGCUGGCUUAUCGUAGCGACUGUCUAUGACUGCUCUUGUCAAUGGCUCACGUAGCUCACAUAGUGCACGUACCUGAGGCCCGGAUAGAGUACCAAAUUAACCUCUAAACCACUCUCUGUGUUUGUCUUACCGUUUCUAGUGUUGUUCGUUCACAGUUGAAAAGCCACGGCAGGAAAGACCCAUGCGAGAGGUUCAAUGAACAAAAUGAUAUACACAAAUAUGAUUCAACCCGCGGUAUAUACACUUGCGUGGCUCAGACAUUUUUCAUGUCCGGUAGCUC